AGAGCAAAUUCAUUGACUUUGUGCGCCGCAAAUCUUCGCCUUUGAAGCGCAGCUUAAAUCAGUCUUCGCAGCAGACUAAAACCGUGUGGACGUUUCCGAACAGGCGAGCGCUUCAAUUUUUCGCUACUUUAUGUGUGUGUUUGUGUGACAUAAAAUUUUUUAUGAAUCUGGCAACUCGCUUCCAAACAUAAUUGUGUGUGCCAAAAUUAUAAAUAAAUAAGUGGUUAUAAAAAUAACAACAACAUGCGUAUUAACAUCAACAACAAUUGAUAGAUUUCUAUAGACAAAUUUUGUGUAAUUUAACCCAUAAACAACGUGCAAAUACAAAAGUCUCAGUGAAAGAUUUAAACGAAAACUAAGCGAAACAAAAAUCACAUAAAACUCCUGUUAUCAGCAGUGUUGCCAUGGCGCUGCUUUAAGCCGUAGUAGCCACUUCACAUGCCGCUGCAAUAAUGGGAAAUUCACUGACACAUGCCGUGCACCGCGGCUCUACGGCUUUCAGUAAUAACAGCAACAACCACACUAGGAAAUCGCGCGCUUCAACUACACCGCGGAAUCAAAAGUCACGCUAUCACUCAACACUUUGCGACAAUGGUGACGGCGGUGAGCCGCAACGCAAAGCCAAAACAUUACCAGCACGCCACAGUCGUCGGCGCAGUGAGCACACGACCAAUGACAUUCACGGUCAUGGACGCAGUAAAACGCCGCCAGCGUCGGCGCCUCCGAAUGGUGAGACAUCGCGCAUGCUUUUUCUACUCUAUCUGAUACAUCGCACCUGGAAUGUUGUGGUGGAGACGGUGGAUACGCGCAGCAAAAGAUCGCGACGCAGUGCACCUGCUUCGGAAGGUCACACACUCACGCGACCGCGUUCUACGCAUUUAUACACUGAACGCGAACUGAGUUGUUCGAACAGCGAUGGUGAUUGUUCCAUACAUAUCACAGAUUUGGAUGAGCCUGAGGUGGCUUCGUCCUUUUGCUGCUCGCAAUAUUCAUACUGUAGUUGCAGCUAUUGCUUCGAUACGAAUCAGAAUGUUUACAAUUCGAUUGGCGGUGGCGAGGAGGAGUGUUCGUUGGAUUCGAUUUGUGAGCGAACUUCAUCCAAGUGUGGCAGUGACAUCUCCGCCUAUUAUCAGCAACGCUACGCGCCCACCGUACAGCAACAAAAAUUGCCGCCGCAACAUAAACUCCAUCACACACAUCAUCGGCCGCAGCACAAUCGUUUAAACGGCUAUCCAAUGGCACCGAGCGUCUGUCAAAAUUCACCGAAAUUAACGGCAGGCGCUGCGCACAGCGCCACCAUGACCAGCACAACGCUCAUAGGUGGUGCAGGAGGUGGUGUUGGUGCCGCCACAACCAUCUCUGCUCCAUCAAUCACACAGAAGAGCAAUUAUGGUGGCAGUAGCAUUAACGGCUCCAUGGCUUCAUACAAAAUGUCAAGUUCGGAGAAUAGCUGGUCGCAGCCUGUUUUCAACAAGGAGAACCAACGACCCCCAGUUUAUAAUCCGGAAGAUUACGUGCAAUCAUUAAAAAAAUUUGGUAAGCGUCAGAGUGGUCAACAUGUGCGUUCUAUAUAUGACAACAACAACGAAACUACAACUAAAGAAGAAAACAAUCAUAAAGCAUCGACUUUACCACAUAAACAUGCGGAAUACAAAAGUCCCAUACCGGCAGCGCCUGAAAGUGAAGGCGAGAUGUCCUUAAGGCAGUUUGCCUCGGUAACUGAUUUACUCACGAAACUGCGCGCGGACUUACGAGUCUCUUUUCCAAGCUUUGUGCAGGAAUUUGUUGCCACACCUUCUGACGGUAUAAGUCUACUUCUCGAAGUGCUCCGCGCUAUACAACUUUCGCAGUCGAGCAAUGCCGCUGUGCCACCAAAUCAAAUGACCGCCUCGAUGCCACGAAAUCCGCAAUCAUAUCAACGGCGCGCUUUACUUGACGAACUUGCUUGUCUUCAAUGCCUCAGCAUUUGCUGUUCUCGCUCGUUGGACGCGAUCGCGCGUUUGGGCACAACGCCUGUCGGCUUGAUGCCAUUGGCUUCCUCGGCGACUGGGCAGGGCAUACGUGCGCGCAUUUUGGCCAUGCAAUUAAUGUCUGCCGCGUGCGAUAAAACGGCGUUGGGUCAUGGUUCACAAAAAUCAAUUACAGCCGGUCAUACGGCCGUCUCGGAAGCUAUGUCGACGUUACGUUUGCGCUGCAGUGAACCGGUACGUUUUCGCCUGCUCGUGGGCAUGCUGAACAGUGGCGGUGGUUCGGGUGAACUGCAGGCUGUGGGUGUCAAAUUUAUAAAUUCCUUCCUGGAGAGUUCUGAAAAUCUACAGCAACGUUUAUAUCUACAAGCGGAACUCUUCCAGGCCGGUUUUGAGCCAGGUUCUUUAGCAAAGACUAUAUCACCCGCCUCAUCAUGGCUGGAAAAUUUGCGAAAUGAGAUCAAACGCUUCCACGAACUGUAUGUAGAUGUUGAUAAAAUGAUCACGCAAGCGCGUGAGGCCGACCGUGUGCGAAGUCAGAUGGUGAUACUGGAGCGACGAGUUCAGAUUUUACAUGAGGAGAAAACAGUUCUUACGUCAAUGGAACGUCGUUUGCAGGAGCGUUGUGCCGAGUUACAGCGUGAGAUCUUCCGUUUGCAGGGUGCACAGAAUGAGAACACUUUCAAGUCCCUAGAUAAGCAACCAGUGGCAUUACCACGUCAUGUGCCGCCCGGCAAAAAUGAGAGCGAACAUGAGGAUGAGGGCAUCAGCAGUUCAGAGACGGGUCCCUCACUUAGUCCAGUGCCCAUAUUGGUUUUACCGCAGAAAUCCAGCGCUUCCAUGAUAGCCAAACAGCAUCAUAAAAACAAAUCCAAAUCACCGGAUAACUCAACGGGAGAUAGUGGUGCUGCCACCGGCACAGCUACCACCAUUGAGGACGUUAUGCAAGAGCUGGAUCAGGUCGUUAGCGAGGCAGAGAAACAAAUAACGACGCAACAACUUCAACAACAACAGCACCAAAUCAAGCAGCAAUUCAAUCAAACCAAAGUUACGAAGGAAAAGGAUAUUGUGCCGGUUAAUAUAGUGCCACAGCCACCGCGCAAAUCGCGUUCGCUCGCACAUCUCGUUUCUCAAGCAGAUGGUUCCGAGUUGGAUGGCUCCGAAUAUGGCAUGUUGAUGUUACAGAAUCAUGGUGAUCGCGCCGCCGCUGAACGCGUUACAGCAUUGCAAACAUUUUUCGAUGAAACCGACUAUGACCUGCCCGAAAUAGACAAGCCAUACAGCAUCGAAUCACCAGACAUACCGGAGGUGAGCGCUAACACUACCGCCUAUAAUGCGAGUACCACGCGUGAGCUACUCGACGUUAUUAUGGAUGCGCGACACAGUGACGACGAUCCAACAAUGAAAGCCUUCCGCGAGGCGAGCAAUCAACACCAACAUCAAUAUCAGCAUCAGCAUCAGCACCAGCAUCACCAUCACAACAAUAAUGCUGCCAAUUGCACCAACAAACGCCAAGGCAUGUCAGCAGCGGCACCACCUCCACCGCCACCUCUACUAGCGAAGAAACCACAAGCACCGGCACAACAUUUCAACGGUGUCUUCUUUAUGACCGGCAUGAAUACGCCACAAAAGUACCCCAAACCAGAUGUGACCGCAGCAUUACAAGCGCGACGCGUCACCAAGAAUGUUGAGCGCUUAGAGGCGGCAUUCGCUUCAACCAGUCAUGAAACGCUUUUGGAUGGCAGCAGCGCAACGUCGCCAACCGUGCAUCAGGUGGUGCGUGAAAAAUCGCGCAGCAAUCAACAGAUUUAUUUUGGCAGUAAUCCAGCGUUGCGUUUAAGUAGCGGCAGUAGCACUGGUGGCGGCGCUGGCGUUAGCGGUAAUAAUGUAACGGUGUUGAUACAGCAUAGCAAUGCGGCACAGGUCACGCAACAGCCGGCCGAUAGUGCGACAGCGAUAACGAUGCGCACGCGCUCCUGCACACAAGGCUCAAAGGUGACCGAUACGCCAUCGGGAUUGUACUGAGUAUGGUGAAAAAAUGUGGUGAAAUGAGUGUGGUGUGUAAAAUGUUAGUUAAAUAAUUGUAGGCAUUUACUAGUACAUUAUGUUGAGUUAGAGUCAUUGAAGUCGAAGUACGAUUUCCUCGUUCGUAUUAACAUAUAAUAUUAGCAUAGUAAAUUGUAUAUAAAAAUUCGUUAGUCUGAAAACGUUAUUCUCUACAUCCAGCGUAAACAAAUUUAGUUUAUAGAAAUAUUCUUUAAGAAACAAUAAGUUAGUCAAAUCCAUAAAAUUAUAUAAAUACAAUUUGAAAAAAAUUUAAAUUAUUUACAAUUUUAAAUAUAGUCCAUAAAUGGUAGAUUUUAGAAGUUUAGUUUUAAGUUGCUUGGGACCGCUUAUUUGUUUUAAAUGCACAGCAAAUAACUAAGAAGAGAUAAUUCAAAACCAAAUUAUUUGAAUUUUUUCUCUUUUUUAUUUACGAAAAUUAUUUUGAUUAAUUGGCUUUGCUAUUAAAUUUAGUUAUAAUUGCUCAUAUUUAAUAAUGUCAUUGUUUAAUUUAUCGUAUUCAACAAUUUUUUUUAUUAAAUAUAUUAAUUAAUUAUGUUAUAUUUCAAACAUAAUUUUUUGCUGUAAAAAGUUUGCAAAACUGUUGAGUUGGAAAAAAAUAUAAGAAAUCAAUUUAAAAUAGUCUCAUUGUCGAUAGAAGUUAAAAAGAUCUAUAUAGUUAUAUGAUAAAUUGUAUGAUUUUUUAAUUUUUAUGAUUUUUUAAAUUUUAAUUCUAUUGUUUGUUUAUUUUUUGUAGUAAAACCCAGCCUCCAUUAUUUUAUAGUCAUAUUUUUUGUUUAAUAAUAUCUAUUUUGUUUUUGCAUUUAAGACUAUAUUACUUAAAAGAGAUUUUUUCUUUUAAUGUAUGUAUAUAUGUAACGCUUCAGUUUUUUACUUCAUAUUUAAAACUCAAUGUAUUAGCAAAUAGUAGUUUUGUUAGACUUUUGAAAUAUUUUAAUUUUUAAUUGUUACGAAAUUUAAUAAAAAACGUUGUUGUAAAUAUUUAUUCCAUAGCAUGAAAACAGUUUAAUAUUUAAUGCAAUUUCAGUUAGGUUCAUAUACAUAUGUAUAUAUGUAUGUAAGUAUUUGUAAAAAUUCUAUUCGCUAGUAGAGUUUUUAAUAAGUACAAUGCAUUACACUAUAAAACAUAGAAUUUUAACUUACGCUAUUUUUGUUUGCAGUUGACUUAUGCAGUUAAUCUUAUUUCGUGUGUUUAUUUUUAAGAUUAACUGUAUAUAAGUUCACUGUAUGAUCUUAAAUUACAUAAAUACAAAUUAAAUCUAAUAAAUAUACUUAAGUGCAUUAAAAAAUCUUAAAAUUAAUAAAUAAAUUUUAUGAAUUAAUACAAAA